AUGAAUACAGACAAAAGUAAAAAUACAAAUAUUUCAAAGCAUGACAAUGAAAUGCCAAAUAUGGAAAAUCUAUAUGAUCGAUUAAGCUUUCAAAAAUUUGAAAAUGAAUCGAGUUCAUCAUUAAAAUAUUCUGAUAUUGAGAAAAUGUCGGGAUUAAAUAAAAGUAUUCAAUCAUCUAUAUACAGUAAUAAUACUAGCAAUAGUUAUGCAAAUACUCCGAAAAGUGGAACUCGAAUUAUGAAUAAAUCCAAUGUUCAAAUAGUUGAAAAAAUAAAGGAAGUACCAACUUAUAUUGUUAAAAACCAAACAAGAGUAAUUAAUGUUCCAGAGCUGAAAUUUGUAAAUAAGGUUGAGUAUGACAAUGUUCAAGUUAUUGAAAAGUUGAAAUAUGUUCCUAAAGAAGUUACUAAAUAUAAUAUUAUUAAAAAGCCUGUGAUAAAAAAUAUAGUUGAAGAAAAAAAAGUAGACGUUUUACAUGUACAGGAAAAAAUCAGUUUUAGAGAUCAAGAAGUUGUAGAAGAAGUUUAUAAUUAUGUUGAUGAAAAUGGAAAUCAAAUUAAAGAUUCCCAAAAUAUAAUGACUAUGGAUUAUAUCCUAUCAAAUGAAAAUGAAUCGAAUAGAAAAAUAGAAUAUCCAGUAUAUCCUUCCUUAAAUUGUUGUAACAAUACCUGUGCUAAUGUUGAAAAUAGUAACAACAUUUGCAAUAUGGUCUGUAAUAAUAAAGAUGAAAAAGGAUAUAUCAUAGGAAUAUCUAAAGGGGAAACGCUACCAUAUGAUGUGAAUCUUAAUGUGCUACCUCCACUUUUAGAACCUUUUGGACCACAAAUAAAAACAGAAGAUAACAAAGUCUUUGAAAAUGUAUUUGUACCUAAAGUUGAAAAAGUUGUUGAAGUACAAAAAAAAAUUGAUAUACCUAUAAAUUUACCAAUGCCAUAUAUAGUUCCCAAACCUAAAAUUAUAGAUGUUGAUAUCCCAGUUUUUAAAUUUAAUGAUAAAUAUGUACCCGUACCAGUGCGUCAAAAAAUAAUACCAAAAGUUACAUGGAGUGAUAAAGUUUAUAAAGUAGAUUGUGUAAUAGAAAAACCAUAUUUAGUAUAUCAUAAUAUAAUAAAAUUUGUCCCUACGGAUACAAAAAUUAAUGUUAGAGAAUAUCCAAAAGGAAUAAAUAAAAUAAAUCCUGAAGAAUUAUAUGAAGCAGAUAAUUUAGCAUUAUGGAUGAGAGUAAAUGCUGAUUUAAAAGAAGAAAAAGAUAAAUUAAAAAAAAACACACAAACUGGUAGUACACUAGAUCAUAUAUGUGAAUGUUCUGAUUGUGAAACAUGUGAACAUAUCUCUAAUUCCGAACUAAAUAGUUCACAUGAUUUAUUUAAUACUAAAUCUAGUCCUAACAAUUUUGUUGAUACCAUACCAUUACAUCAAGACCAUCCUCUUGAAAUGGUGCAUCUACAAAACAAAUGGAUGACACAAGAUACUACAAAAAUUCCAGAAUUAUAUAAUGAACAAUUUAUGAAUGCUCAUAGAAAUGCUUUCUUCAAUCUAACCUCUAAAAUUCCCCGUGAAGCAAAAGUAGAAAUGAAAACCAUUGCCCAAUUGAAAACUAAUACAUAA